CGGGGAGGUCACGGCGGCACACACGCUGUUGGUGCUGCUGAUGUGCUGACGCUCUGUGUGCUGGCGUGCGUCGUGCUGUGCCGCUCACCGAGGCCCCGGACCACCACCGCCGCCCUGACGACCACUGACAGGCGCCAGGCUAGGGGGCCGCGGGGACACAGUGUGCAGAGGCGCCCCGUGCGGACACAGUCUGCACAAGUAGUGGUGCGGACAGCGGGGCAGGGGUUUGCGCGGGACCCGGAAGACCCGAGCGAGGACGACUGGCGGGGCGGGGCGGGGGUACUAGGCUCCCUGGACCUACUGAAGGAUUGCUGCAGGAGGUCAUAGACAAACUCGACAUGUCAGAAUGAACACAGACAGUGAGAGCAAUGUCUCAAGGGACCCAAGGGAAUGUAAGAGGAGACUCGCAUAUGAAGAUGACAACAGCCAUGAAGGCACUAGACAUCUUAAGAAUAUGAAGAGGGAAAACAUGUCCUGUACGGAGUAUGAGGACUGGAGCCCCUCCAGGGAUGAGGAUGAAGAAGAGGUGGAAGAAAAUGAAGUUAAGCCAAGAGCUGCAGAAAAGAAGAAAAAGAGAAAGUAUCUACAGAGAUAUUCUGCAAAAUUUGAAAACAAUCCCCUGUUCAGAGGUUGGGUGAAGGCAAGUAGCAAAGGGAACCAUUAUGCAUACUGCAUCCCUUGUGGCUCCCACCUCAAGAUAACCUCUGGCAAGACUGACCUCAAAAAGCAUUCAAAUAUGAGAAAACAUAAAAUGAAUGUGGAGGGAUCCCACAGGGGUGAAAAUCGAAUAACUGCGUUCAUUUUGGGACAAGACCAGCCCAUUGCCUCUGUUGAGCUUCCAGUGCAUGGCAAAGAUUCAAAAAGUUCACGAAAGAAAAAGUACUACCAAAGGUACUCUCAUUCAUUUGAAGAAGAUCCAGAGUUUGUCGGCUGGGUGACAGCCAGCACUAAGGGGGAGUACUUUGCCCACUGCAUACCUUGUGAUGUUGAGCUCAGUAUAAGUGGUGGGAAAGCAGACCUAAAGAGGCAUGCAAAAAACAAAAAGCACAUUGCUGCCAAGGCAGAGUUCGACAACAGACCAUUGGUAUCAAAGUCCAAAUCCAGUGACCAGUGCAUCACUGCGCAUAUACCAAAAGAAGACUGUUGUGAAGCCACUGUGCACCAACCCAUGAAUGCUGUGCAAAUAAGUGCUUCCAUGAGAGAACUUGAGGACAUCCAGAAGAGUCCUGUGACACUUGAAGUGAGUCCAUUCUCUAGAACGGUUUAUAAGCCAAGUGAUAAAGACCCUAAUUCACCAUACUCCAGGUUAAAUGCAGCCGAGCUUCAGAUUGCUGCAUUCAUAGCAGAGCAUGAUUUACCUAUUGCUACUUCAGACCAUCUUAUUCAACUAAUUAAGACUCUCUGCCCAUAUUCCAGUGUUGCACAAAAUCUGGAAUCUGGAGGGACUGACACGGUUCUGCUCAUCAACAAUGUCCUGGGAAAGGAAGGUUGUGAUGAGCUUAUACAACUUUUAAAAACAAACAAGUUUUCACUAAUUGUUGAUGAGGCUACUGACAGAGGUUCAGAGAAGUAUUUGAGUAUGGUUGUGAGAGUGUUGCAUAACUUUUCAGUAUCUGAAGCCUUUCUAAAUCUGAUUCCCAUGAAAAAUGCCACUGCAGAGUCACUCUACAAUUGUGUUGUUGAUUUCUUCAGUAAAAAUGGAAUUCCGUAUCAGAAAAAUAUGCUUGGCAUCGCUGCAGACGGAGGCAACCCCCUGCUCGGUGAACAUGAUUCCCUCUUAUCCCUGAUGAAGCAAGAUAUCCCCGAGCUGUUUGUGAUGAACUGCAUCUCUCACUCCUUCAGCCUGUGUGCAUCAGCUGCCUGUCUCAAGUUACCUCACUCACUGGAAGACCUUGCCAGAGAUGUUUACAGCUACUUUCAUUACAGUUCCAACCACACGGAACUGGAAGAGUUCAAAGACUUCAUCCAAGUCAAGCCUCACAAGCUGUUGCACCCAGCUCAAACCAGGUGGCUGUCCCUGCAUGCAGUGGUGUCAAAAAUACUGGAGAAGUAUGAUGCUUUAAAAUCAUACUUUACAAAUGCUGUUUUAGUUGACAAACUAGAGGCUCCAGAAACAAUCCUCCAAAGACUGAGAAUGCCAGUAACAAAGUUGUAUCUUAUGUUUCUUGACUUUAUCUUGCCAAUUUUUGACAAUUUAGAUAAACAGAUGCAAAGUGAGUCAAGUCAGAUCCAUGUUCUGAACAAUGCGGUUGGUGUAGCAUUAAAGGCCAUCUUUGAAUGUUAUUUGGAGGACGACUACACGAAGACAAUGUCACUAAAAGACAUAAAUUAUAAAAAUGAAACAAAAUUCAAGCCCAUGGAAGAAAUGUAUCUAGGCAUUAAAGUACAGCUUGAAAUAUCAUGUUCACCACAUCUACAACAUGAAGAUUUGAAAGAUUUUCAAAUUAACUGUUUAGAAUUUUUGAUUGAGAGUGUUUCUCAAAUUUAUAAAAGAUUUUCUCAUGGUUCUCCUAUAUUUGAAGCUCUAGAAAACUUGAACCCUAAAAUUGUCAUUGAAAGAAAUGUUCCCUCUUUAAUCAAUCUGAUUUAUCAUUUUGAACACCUGGCAACACCUGACAUUCAGGUUGUGGACAGUGAGUGGAGGCUGCUGAGAAACAUGCUGGAGACUCUGCCUGUAGAGUCCAGCAUGCGACCCGAAAUGUUCUGGGAUGCUGUGAGCAAAGCAAGACAGAUUGACAAUAUUCUUAUGUGUCCGAAUCUCUCUGAGUUCAUGCUUAAAUUAUUGUGUUUACCUAACUGUACCGCAGCAGCUGAGAGCAUUUUUUCAAGCAUUAAUAAAAUUAAAAGAAAAUCCAAGAACUUAUCAACUGACACACUUAUGGGUUUAUUGUAUACAAAGCAAGUAGUCAGAAGUAAAUUUUGAUGAAUUCUUUUCUUGAUGAUAGGAAUAAUUACCCUGACUGCUUUGGCUAAUUGAACCCAUGAGUGGCUGAGAAACGGCUAAAUAUGACCCAAACAUGAGUCUGGCAAAACAGCAUGGCAGUACAUCAGCAUGCUCCUCUCACAAAUAACCCUACUUGUGGCAGCUGGCAUCCAACCCAGAUGCUCACCAAGAAUAGGGAAGAAUUGAACAGCCAAAUCCAUCACACAUUAUAUUAUUAGCCACCUUUACCAUCAUGCACACUGGGAGAGAGAGAAAGAGAGGAUAAACUAAACUGACCAUAUUUUAGACCCAGGUCAUGUAUGCUGGAUCACCAUGUCACCACACCCUCCAAUUUACUCAAAUGUGAGGUCACGUGGGUUGGGUAGUACUUGUUGUACCAAACCAGUCACACUAAACAUGGACAUAAAUGGACGAAGCAAAGCGCACAGGUUUCGACAUGUUAAGACAGCUUGUUUUGCUACUCCUGUAGUACAAGAGGUUUAGGUUUGGUUGUGGGAAUCUUACCCUCACACCUUCAAAACUGGAAAAAAAAAUUGUCACACCAGAUCCUGAACUUGCCUGGUGUCAUGUGAUAGAUGUUUGUAUGUGUAAUUCACCAUGCUCUGACCAUGCUCUGAACUCACGAUAGCCAGCCAGUACCCUCCUAGACUGAGGUUGAAGCUCUGGUGACAGAUCUUUGGGUAUGGCUGAAAACUCACACCAUAGUCACACGCACCCAGGAGGAGGGACACAACCCCUGACUGACACCCGGUACCCAUUCACUGCUUGGAGGACAGGGGGCACAGAUUAAAGGAGACUACCCAUCCACCUCCACUCUGUCCAGAAAUCGAACCUGGGGCCCCCCAUUGUGAGGCAAGCGUGCCAACCACUGCACUACGGAGCUCCAUAUGUGUGUGUGUGUGUGUGAGAGCUUGAAGAAUAGAAAUCAGGAUAAAUUUAUCGGGCAGCUUUUUCUCCUUUGAAGCUGUUUACAAUAUUUGUGUUUUGAGGCUGUGACUGCUUCCCCUCGUCUUGUCAGGCAAGGAAGGAUGACAGUGAUGAAAACGAAAGUAGUAAAUAGACAUGAAUAGUAAUUACAAUGUAAAUUUGUAAUUAAUAUAUUUUCCUACCUUUGUCACAUGUAACUUUUGUAAUCAUUGGAAGCAAUAUUCCUGCCAGAAUACUGCUAUUGUCUAAGUUAUAUUUUUUAUUUUAUUUUAGCCAUGUGUGCAAGACAUCUGUUGGGUUUUUUUGCACACUUGGCAUCCUCUGUCAGUGAUACCCUCAAUUCAAAUAAUGCUGAAUCCCCUCAGCAGUCUCAAUUGUUUUAUGCCCCUUGCAGGUUUGUCAGAUGGGCUGCAAGACAAUAACAUGUUUUCCACCAGCAGUACAAAGUCAUCAUCCCAUCAUUAUAGGAACAGUCAUUUCUGAUGGCAAGUCACUUUAACUCAUGGCUACUCAGAUUGUAACAUCUUGACAAACCUGUCAAGUUAGAAAUUCACAAGCAUGAGGUGCACUUCCAACAGUAUGUUUAAAUGGGCAGCAUCCAUCAGAAAAAGCCUUUGGUGCUGAUACAAGGUUGGCAUUAUAUGUAUCUUUUAUACCUAACAUAUCUAAGAAAUGAUAAAAGUGUGGAAUGUUCAUGUAAAUAUACAUUUUACUUUUUUAUAA